AUGCAUGAAGGAAAUUAUAAAAACGGACUUUGGAAUGGAAAAGGAAUCGCAUACUAUUAAAAUGAAAAAAUACUAUAUGAAGGAGAUUUUAUGAAUGGAAAGGCUAAUGGACAUGGGAUUCUAUAUGAUGAAGAAGGCUAGAAGAAGUACUAAGGAGGCUUUUCGGAUGGAUAAAGACAUGGAUUUGGAAUUUGGUAUUCUAAAAAAGGAAAUAAGAUUUACGAAGGUGAUUAUGAAGAUGGAGUUCCACAUGGAAAGGGAAUUUCUUAUUAUAAAAAUAAAAAUAAAAAAUACGAAGGCGAAUACUAAAAUGGCUAAUAAAGUGGGAAUGGAAUUUUCUAUUAUGAAAAUGGAAACAAAAAAUAUUUAGGAGAAUUCUAAUUGGGUAAAGCAGAUGGAUAUGGAAGCUAAUUUUAUUUAAAUGGAAAUUUAUUUUAUAAAGGAACUUUUAAGGCAGGAAAAUGGAAUGGUAAAGGUAUUGCUUUUUCUUAAAAUGGAAAUUUUCUUUAUGAAGGGGCUUUCUAAGAUGGAAAAUGGCAUGGAAGAGGUAUUUUAUUUUAAGAAAAUGGAAACAAAUUUUACGAAGGAGAAUUUUUAUAACAUAAGGAAGAUGGACUAGGUAUUAAAUAUUGGAAAAAUGGCAAUAAAAUGUUUGAAGGAAUUUUUAAAGAAGGUAAAUGGCAUGGUAAAGGUACUUUAUUUUAUGAAAACGGAAAUAUACAACUUUAAGGUUAAUGGAUAUAUGGAAAUUUUAUAAGAUAUUGA